AUGAGCUCCCACGAUAAUGAGGAACUCCUCAAUUACGAGGACGAGCAUGACGUUAUCCCUAAUAGCGCAGCUCCAGCGACUUCUACCAACGGAGCAGCAGCGUCAGCAGUGGACGGCGAGGUUGAUAAAGACAAGAAAAACUUUACCGGAAUACAUGUAGCAGGCUUCAGGGAUUUCGUGUUGAGACCUGAAAUUCUGAGCUCCAUUAGUCACUUGGGUUUUGAGCACCCCUCAAAAUUUGUCCAACACGAGCGCAUACUUCAGGAUGUUCUAGGAAUAGACUUCCUCUGCCAGGCAAAGUCAGGACAUGAUAAGACAGCGGUCUUGACUUUGGGGCACCGCAAAGUCCAGAUAAUUUACAAGUCAUAA